CCUGUAAGAACUCUUCACAGUUAGGUCCAUCACAGCUGUGUCACGCCAAAAGGAAAUCUGAAAGCGAAAAGUUAAGAAAAUGGAUGCCAUUUUUCUUCUUCUUUGCUUACUUUUAAAUUCAUCUUGUCGCUUGAUUUGCGGAAUAGAAAGACUUCCCUCGAAUGAGGCUUCAGUGAAAUCUACACAUGUCACAUCAACGAUAGAUUGCGGGCCACCGAAACCAUUUCAGAAUAAUACAGAACUAAAAUGGCGCCCUGGUGCUCGGAAUCAAAGUGUAUUUUUACCGGGAGAGAAGGCUGUAUUUGUUUGUAAGAAAGGAUUUCGCCAGAUUGGUUGGCUACAAACAUUGACUUGUCAGAUGAAUGGCAGUUGGUUGCUUCGAUCGUCAAGUAUUGAGGAUGACUUAAGAUUAGGUGAUGGAACACAUGGUAAGUAUGUUUAUUUAACUUGACUACAAUGUUACUUGCGAUCUGUUACACACAAGCGGUUGAGACGAACUUCAGCCUUAGUUAUCCUAUAUUUUUGUACGGAAAUGUGGAAUAAUUUACACGAACAGUUUCUAAAUUCCAUAGUUAUUGUAAAAGAGAAAUUUGAUACUUGAAAUGAUACCGAAAUGCGAAUACUAUGUUUCCCGUCACGACAACACUCCCACACAGCUAAGAUAAAAGGUCACCAAAGAAUCAAGAAUGAAAUCAUCACUGCAUCGGCAAUUUUUUCAACAGCAGUUUAGAAGUAUUAGAAUUAUUUUGUCACUGAGAAAUCUUUAGCAAGUUUAGCUAAAUAUUCGAAUGGUAAGUUUCAUUAAAGUUAUAAUUUCAGAUCUGAGUGGUUAGUGUGUUGAUCACGGCUUGCAUAUUUUUUGCCUUGUUUUGGCGUGUUUUCAUUUCCUUAAAAAAAUUCGAAGCUAAAAUGACUAUUUCGCGAUUGAUUGGGAGACGGUGAAUCUUCUAGGUCGACAAGGAGAAACCAAAAAUGUUAUUUUUAUCGUUAUUUUCAAGAAAUGAAAGUAUAUAGUUCACCAUCGUAGAGUACAACGCAGACAGCUGUCACACCGGUGUAAGCAGAAUCAUCCACGAUUAUGCUAAUUUUCUCUUAAUGUUUAGUUGCAUAAAAUUUAAUCGCAGACAGUAUUGUCGACAGGCGCUUUACUUUGAUUUCUCCAUUUGCUAUCGUCUGAUUCCGAACGCUUCGAUCCUAUUUUCUUCGAUAUCGUCCAAUUUUCCGAACGCUUUUGUCUUACUUCGGACGAUGCCGUCCGAUUUGGAACUCUUGAAUUCUACCGUCUGAUAGCAGACGCCAUCGUCCGCUUUCAGCCUCUACCAUACGAUUUAGAGCGGUAAUUUCGAGUCUCUGAUGUAAAAACUGGCAAAGCUAAUAAAUCAAGGCUCAAAGACUUAAAAAAUAUAUGGUAUUUUAGAAGGGGAUCGAGGAGGCUGUGCAAGCUCCACCUAUUCCCUAUCGUUUCUUCCCGUUCCCCCUCCCCCCUCCCCCCUCUCGCUUUUUUGCAGAGCAUUUAGCUAACGUAGCCUACAGUAGAUGGACAUAAUUGUGCUGAUUUACAGACUAAUCUCGUACCCAAACCCUACCGUGUUACUGUAACUGAAUUUGAUUGCGAAAGGGUUGGGUAUGAGGCUAUAUCUAAACCUCACAGCAAUAUUCUAGGCCUCCUCUUUCCCAACUCGCUGAUUCCCUUCUUUGAAAAAAGCUUUUUAAUUUUUUUUCAAUUCAUGUUUUCAUCAGGUUAUUGUCUGCCUAACAACUGUAGUCGCAACCAAUCCUUCGAGUGUUCAUCAGGCGGCCUACCUCUCCCCAUUUGUAAGAAGUGUGACUGUAUUGUAGAUUGCCCGGAUGGAAGCGAUGAAGCUAACUGUGGGCCAAUCUUAGUAAACUUGACGGGACGAGCCGUGGGCGAGAUAACUUCACCUAAAACUAAUGUUAAAAAUUAUACGGGAUCUCUGACUUGCAGAAGAACUUUGUGGACCGAUGAUCCAGACUUUUACAUUAAGCUGCUGUUUACAGACUUUGUUAUGUAUGGGAAUUGCAAAGAUAAUUAUAUUUACUUGGAAAAUGCGACUUUAAGCGGCACGGAUCCAUCGCAUGGCUGUUGCAAGAAGAGUACUAACGUUUCGUGCGCCUUUGGUAAUGGAACUGGCGCUCCUCCUCUGGCGCAUACCGACAAAAACUUUAUGAUUGUAAACUACGUUUCCAUGGACUCAAAGUCGUCGACUUUUUCAGCGAAAUGGUUCAACGUGAAUGGGAAUUUCCCCUACAGUCUUAUUCCAGAGGAAGAUUCAGACUGGGUAGAUAAGUUAAAAAUCUUAGGCCCAAAACCUAAAAACAUUGAGGAUGACACAACAGACGCAACUUAUAUCGCCGCAGUUGUCAUUUUUUCCAUCAUCGCUUUUGCUGUUUUGGCAAUUCUGUCGUGCAAAGUGGGACAGCACUUUCUAGGACCCCGUUGUAGCGUUGCUUAUUGCUGCAGUUGGAUUGCAGCCAGACGGCGUUUGCAAUCCCCACGCUUGUCGCCACGAAGGGAAGGAUCACCAGAAACAAGGCCCACCAAAGGGAGCGUUCAAAACGAACGUACGCGUAUAGGGCCACUGAGAAAUGUCCCUGUUGAUGCAAGAGGCUCCUCGUCUCUUAGGACUCGAUACGGGAGCGCGGGAGAGGGCGUGGCUUGAGCAUUCAUUCAUCUCCAUUUUACGAUGUAAUUUCUGUAAUCGAUGUAAAGAUGUUAGGGCAGUGUUACCUCCUUACAUGAAAACGUUGCCAGUUUAUAAUAUUUUUUGGGGCUAGAUAAAUAGAUUCUCGCAAAUUUAUCCGUUUUAAGGAAACUAUUCAAUUUAUUUGGUGAUGGUAUUGAGACAAAGUCACCACUUUUACUGAGUAAUCUUUAUUCAUCAAAGAAGAAUACUAUUUUUAUUUAGAAACUCUGAUACAACAAUCAGGAUGCUAGAUUGUACACUUGCAACUUUAUGGUUAUAUAAGAGAGAAAGAUAACGAUUCAUCAGAUUUAUUAAUUUAUAUAAAGCCCAAAUUAGAUGCAUUAAAGGCGUUGUUUUGGCAACUCUGUACUAUGCGUAUGGGACCAAAGGAAUAACUACGAUGAUUUCUGUCAGCCAUCUUAUAGCUGUUUAGAGCUGAACUUAUCCAGAUUUAGAGGCAACAAAAAGACAUUUACGGACCCCAGGAGAUACUUCUUGUCUAAAGUACAGCAAUCAACAUAGUCAAAGAUUUUGAAACCUUUUUUUCGGUUCAUUUUGUUUUUGUUCUCUCUGCUUAUUGGUUUGUGUUUAGUUAAGGGUAAAGUGAUUAAAAAUCAAGUUCCCUCUU